CUGACCGGGCUGAAAACCUGAGAACACAGGCAGGGAGGCGACGCUCGUCUCUGGGACACGUUUACGGCUAACAUUAGUUUUUUUUAACUCUUCACCGAUAUUGGAACACAACAUAUUGGAUUUUAACAAUGAGGAAGAGCGAGGUGCUCGCGGCAGAGUCUGUGUCCUGUCUGAAUAAAGCACUGUGCCACCUGAAGGACAUUUGGGAGGAGAUCGGUAUCCCAGAGGACCAGAGACUACAGAGGACUAAUGUUGUCAAAAACCACAUUAAGAGUUUACUAGAUAUGAUGGUCAAGGAAGAGGAAUCUCUGAGACAAAGACUUGUAAGCAGCAUUCAAACAUGCAGGACAGACAUGGAGAAACUCUGCCUGGAGCUUCAGCUGAAUGCGUUCGAGGAGGAGGGUGGCAUCAGCAUGCUGCAGCAGGAGAAUAACAUCCGCACACAGGUGGAGGCUCUGCUGAAGGAGAAGGCUCAGCGCAUGCAGCAGCUGAAGGCGCUGCUGGAGCAGGAGCAGGACCUGUGUGACAUCCUGUGCUCCGAGCUCUACGGCCUCUCUGCAGACUCUGUCCCCACACUGGAACAACUGGAGAGCUUCAGCCAGCACGUGGCCAGCCAGAACACAGAGAAGGCGAAGCGGUAUGCUGAGUUUGCGGACCUGAAAAGGCAGAUCAUCCUGUACAUGGCAGAGUUGGAACACACCCCCGAGACCAGCUUCGAGAAGGACGUCGUCUGCGAGGACGAGGACGCCUUUUGCCUUUCAAGAGACAACAUCUCUUCACUCAAACUGCUUGUCUGUCAGCUGGAGGAAAGCAAGGUGGAGAACGAGGCGAAGUGUGAGGCUAACCGAGAGAAGGUCCAGCGGCUGUGGGACAGACUGCAGGUUCCCCAGGAGGAGAGGGAGGCCUUCAAUGAUCACAUGGUCUCGUCCAGGAAGAGGAACCUGGAAGCGUUACGAGCAGAGGUGCAGCGUCUAGAGGAGCUCAAACUGCUAAACAUCUGCAACGUCACCGAAGCCAUCCGCUCCGAGAUCGCUGUGUUUUGGGAAAAAUGUUUCUUCAGCACUGACCAGCGGCAGGAUUUCGCUCCCUAUUUUAGCGAGACUUUUACUGAAGAGCUUUUGAGUCUGCAUGAUGCUGAGAUCCAGCGCUUGAAGCAGCAUUAUGAGGAGCACCAAGAGCUGUUUGAUGGGGUCCGCCAGUGGGAAGACAGCUGGAGACUCUUCCUCGAUCUGGAGAAAAAAGCCACAGAUCCGACCAGAUUCACUAACAGAGGAGGAAAUCUUCUGAAAGAGGAGAAACAGAGGUCUGAGCUGCAUAAAAGCCUGCCCAAGCUGGAAAAGAAAUUAAAAGCCCAGAUCGAUACAUGGGAAAGUGAACAGGACAGUGAGUUUUUAGUACACGGUCAGAAGUUCCUGCAGUAUGUGGAGGAACAGUGGGAGCUGCACCAAAUAGAGAAGGAGAAGGAAAAACAAGAGAGGCACCUAAAGAAGAGCAAACAGACCGAGGAGGACAUGCUGUAUGGAACAGCCGUACGAACCCCCAUCAAGCGCAGACUCCUAGGCACUACUACCCCCAUUAAAACACGAAAGUUCAACGCGACGUCCAGCAUCUCUAGUGCCACCUCAAACAGCAGCAGCCGCUCUGUGUAUGGUUCGACGGUGUGUCGCUCACCUGGGCCCCGCCCACCUCUCUCAGCAAACAAGACUCCAUUAGUGCGGACGCCAGGCGUUGGUAAACCCCCCAACCCCCGCCUGCAGGGCUGUAACAAGGAGAACGAGGCGCAGCUGAAGGGGAGCCCUCUGAGCGGUGCGUUGCUGACCCAUGCUAGUCCACAGCCUAACUUCAGCAUAGCCUCUGUUGCCAGCACAUAUUCAGAGUUUGUGAAGGACUUCAACUCUGAACCUGUUCAGUUAAGCGAGACUUGUCAAAGGCCUCUGACGCCAAGGUCCAGCACAACAUCCUGAACUCCACCAGCACCAACCUUUGACCUCUCAACUCUGAGGACGACUGCUAUCAUAUCGCGGUCCUUUCAACAAAGUUUUAAUCUCCUCCUAAACGGAUCACUGCCUCUCACUGCUAUCUGCUUCUAUAUUUAAAUGAAGGCAAUAAUAUAUUAAGUGCAAAGUCAGUGAUAAACAAGGACUAAGCGUCAGUGGCUGAGCGUGUGGUCUUCAGCAGUCUAUCACUGUAAGAGGGAAAACAAAGUUUGUAUUAUAAGUUAACUAACACUACUUCGCUCACUAAAUUUUGCCAGUUAUUGAAAUGUCAUAAAUGUCCUCCGCAUUUUUUACUGCACACGAAAGGAACGAAGGAAAUCUAACAUCCUGAUGUUAUGCAAUCUGGGGUUAGAGGCCAAAUGUAUUAUGAAUACUUUGCACUUUUUUAGAAUAUAUAUAUAUAUAUAUAUAUUGCAGCAUAUAGUGUAAUUUUUCUUUAAUUAUUUUGGGCAUUUUGUGCCUUUUCUUUUAAUAGAUGAUAGGAAAUGGUGGAGAAGAGAGUUUUGUCCAGGAAUCAAACCGGGAACAUGCAUUGUGUAAUUGUACACGCACUCCUACUGCUCCAUCCAAAUCUGUUUUUAUACAUGUAUUUGUGUACAUAUUUUCUGUAUCUGCUUUUUUCUUCAAAAAAUGUACCUGUUUUCAAAGAUGUCAUAUGUAACUUUAAGACUGUUAGUUCAAGUAUGUUUCUGUGCUGCAUAUCAGUUGACCUAUAGUUAAAUCGCAUGAAAUCAAUACACCAUCAUGGCUGAUUUGGAAAAUAGAAUAAAAACAUUUUCACUUGAAAA